AUGGAUAAGGGGGUGCAGUCUGCUGAGCCAAGUCAGCAGUUUGGAAAGGACUCAAUUCGGCUGGUUAAAAGACGUACCAAACCUGAUCGAGAAAAAUUCCCCAAGAUUGCCACGGCAACAGCAACAGGAUUGGCUAUACUGGGAUUCACUGGCUUCUUUGUAAAAUUGAUCCAUAUCCCUACUAACAUCACCGUCGGUGACUGA